AUGGCUUCUAAACAGUUUCAUGUAAUGAUGCUCCCAUGGUUGGCAUUUGGCCACAUGAUCCCGUCACUUGAAUUCUCCAAGAAAUUAGCUUCAAAGGUGCGAAGCUGUGGAAAGUUUGAAGGAGCAUAUGUAGCUCUCCUUGAAGAACUCUACCAGAAACCAGUUUUUCCAGUCGGUCUGCUUCCACGAAAUACUGCAGAGGAAAAAAACAAUUAUCCUGAUCUUCCAAAUUGGCCAGGAGCAUUCAAGUGGCUGGACAAGCAAGCACGAAAAUCAGUGGUUUUCGUCGGAUUCGGAACAGAGUACAAAAUGCCUGUUCAACAAGUCCAUGAAUUGGCCCAUGGAAUUGAGCUUUCCAAGCUGUCAUUUAUAUGGAUUCUGAGGAAUCCAGAAGGACUGGACAUCUCAGAACUGCUUCCAACUGGAUUUUUGGACCGCACAUCUGAUCGCGGAAUUGUAUGUCUUGGUUGGGCACCACAAUCCGAAAUUCUUGCACAUCCUGCCAUAGGAGGGUGUGUCCUUCAUUCUGGAUGGGGUUCUAUCAUAGAAUCGCUCUCUGACAGGCACUUCAGAUACUCAUGCCUAUGGUAGCUGACCAAGGUCUUAAUGCCAAGCUUUUAUUUGAGAAAGGAAUUGGCUUUCAGGUGCAAAGCAAUGAAGAUGGCGCAUACAACCAACACUCAAUUUCCAUGUCCCUGAGAUUCGUGAUAGCAGAUCAAGAAGGACAGCAUUUACGGUAUCAGGCAGCUGAAAUGCAAACAAUUUUUGCUAAGCGGGAUCUACAAGAA